AUGGCGCACGCGAAGGCGGCCGUCGUCGUCCUCGGCGCCGCGGUGAUCGCGUCGUGCCUUCUCGCGGCUGAGAGCCGCCACAUUGCUGCCCGGAAGGACCUGGGCGUCGGCCUCGGCGGCGGCGGCACCGGCGGGGUCGGUGUCGGCACGGGCGGCGGCCUGGGGGUCGGCGCGGGUGGCGACGUGGGAGCCGGCUCAGGGGUUGGCAUUGGCGUCGGCGGCGGCGGCGACUCUGGCUCGGGCUCCGGGUCUGGCUCUGGUUCCUACUCUGGCUCCGGCUCUGGGUCGGGGUCCGGUGGUGCAGGGUCAUCGGCCGGGUCCGGUGCCGGUUCAUACGCCGAGUCGGGAGCCGGUUCUAACGCGGGGUCUGGUGGAGGAGGCUCGAGCGCUGGCUCGAGGGCCGGCUCGUACGCUGGCUCUAACGCCGGUGAUGGAGGAUCCGGCGCGGGCUCCGAAGCUGGCUCGUACGCGGGCUCCGGAGCCGGCCCACACGGGAGCUCCGGUGCUGGCUCGUACGCGGGGUCCAGAGCCGGCUCCUACGCUGGCAGCGGCCAUGGCAAGUGA